GUCACCAUGAAUUGUACUGAAAAAUGAAAACAAAGUAAUUUUGUACAAUUGUUGAUACGGAAAUAACAAUGCUGUUUGGGAAUGUUUUAACUCUUUACAUCUCGUUUAGUGCAAUCGAUUUAUAAAUAAUUGGAGUCAUUUUAUAAAUUGGUAAUAAUAUCAAAAUGUCUGCUGUGCCUGAAAUAAGAGUUUACUCCCCAACAGAUAGAGAAAAUAGUGGUGACAAAACUAAUAUUUUUACCUGGCACACUCCAAAGUUUGAGGUAACAACUUCCUAUGCAUCCAAGAGUGAAAACCAACAAUUGCGUUUCUUUGGUACGAAUAAUAAAGGUGUCAAUAUAUAUUUUAAGAGUGAUAAAUAUUCCUCUGACAUAUCGGACGCAUUCCAGCCGUUAGGAUUCGUUAAAUGGGAAAAUACGUUUAAUAUGAGGUCAUAUAAUUUGAGUAAUUUUCCAACUAGCACUACAAGUUACCGCACUGCCUACAGAUCUCAAGCUGUAGCUAUGCAGAGGGCAAGAUUGGGAUUUGUCACUGGAACUGCAAAAUCCCUUGAUGUAUUGAGACAAAACAUGCAGAAAUUUAUAAAUAAAGAAAUUGAUGAUAUUAUUCAAAAGUACGUUGAAAAAUUUUUUAAGCCAGGUAUUGAAAAUAUAAAAAUCAAUAAUGGGGAGAACUCUGUGUCUGAUCAACAUAUUCAUAGUGUUUGUCGGCAAAUUCUGGAAGAAGCCAAAAAAAUGUACCAAAGUACUGCUAAUAGAGGAGGUAGUCCAGCUGAUUUUGUGGAAACAGAGAAUGGCUCAUCGAGUGAGCAAAAAGCAAAUAAUAAUAAUUUCUCCAAAACUUUAUUAAAAAAGCGUAAGGAUUCUGAUACAGACUCUGAAGCCAGUUUUAUUCCAGUGAAACCAAAACGGAGGAAAGGUAGGCCACCUAACAUUUCUUCAGGACGUUCGACACCAAUGAAAUUUAAAAUUGAACAAGUAAGGAGAGAAGGUCCAAAAUGGGAUCCUUCUCGAUUAACUUCUGAUACUCGAUUCAUAAUGGGAGCUAAGGCAAACAAAGCUCUUGGACUUGGAGCUACUCGAGGCAGAUUAUAUAUUAAACACCCUGAGAUUUUCAAGUACUCUGGUGAUCAGGAAGAUAAGCAAUGGCUGUAUGAUCAUAAUUUAAUGCCAGCUACUGGAGGGAAAGCUUAUAUGCUACUGGUUGAAGACAUAAAAGAACUUGCAGAAUCGGAGGAAUAUCGAAAUAAUCCUGCUCUUAUGACUGAUGAAAUAGUUGGUUUUACUGUUCCUGAUUCUAUCAUUCAAAAAAUGAAACAAACUAUGUUACAUAUGCGAACUGACAUUCCUUCCAGAAAACGUGGUAGGCCACCUGCAUCAAAUUCUGAUGGGAAUGUUGAUGUAAAGAUUGAAGAUUUUACAUCUGAUGAAAAGCAUGGAUCUGGUACUGCUUCACCUACAGAUGAUCUAGACCUUUUAAAUUCAGAUAUGCGGUCUACAGAUCCUUCACCGUUUAGUUUAGGUACUGGAUUUGAAGAUGUUAGUCCAGCUCAACCUGAAAUUUCACCUGCGCCAUCUGAUCUCAGCACAACAUUUGAACCUCCAUUGUCUGCGCCAUUUGACAUAGGAACCACUCCCUGACUUAAACAUUUAAUUGAUACUUACUUAUUUUCACAACCACCUCAAUAGGAAUCACAAAUGUUUCAGAACACACUAAACUCUGGCAACCACAAGCAUAACAGUAGGUAACCAUGCAGAUGAUAAUUCUUCGGUUUUAAAUGUUGUUUUCUUUGCCAUUUUGGUAUGCAAUUUUUUUUUUUUUUUAAAUUUCAAAUUUUAACAGUUUUUAGUGAUAAAUGAUGAUUAUUUUUUGUCUUAAACUUUAUUUUAAAAUAUGUGUUUGUGGGAUUUGCCUGCACUGAAAGAAAGUUGAGUAAAAUUUCAACAGGAAAACGUUAUUUUGCUGCAAAAUCACUGUAGGACCAAUGCAUUGAAUCUUCUCUAAAUCACUGUCAUCAAAUUUUCACCAGCACAAAAUAAACAAAAGCCUGCUUAUAAAAAGUUUAUUUUUUUUAGUAAAUACAUGGCUAAAACAUAAAAUAUGUAUAUAUAUAUUUUUUUAUAGCAGAAACUAAUUUUUUCUCUUCAUAAAAUUUGCCAAACUGAACUAAGGUGGUUGUGUUAAUAUGUAAGUACUGUUUAGUUUUAUUAAUCUAAUAAAAAUUUGCUUCCUUCUCAGUUGGAGAUCAAAGGGUCAAACUUUUGGUGGAAUAUUUACUCGGCAACAAUUGUAAAGGUGAUAAUAAUCAAUGAAAUAAUGGUAGUUUAUUUUAGUAAAAAAGAAAUUUGUCAUCAUUAAUGUCCAGAUAUCACCAAUCUGAAAAUUAUCCAGAUUACUUAUUCAAAUUAAUAAUGUGGUAUUUAAAAGGUAAUAAACUUAUUCAAUAUGCAUAAUGUAAAAUAACCUGUAAUAUUCUGAAUGAAAAAACGAUACUCUGUAGCCUAUAAAGCAGUUGCUUAUUGAACAUAGGCCUAUUAUUCCUUCU